UACACGUCGUCUGGGAACGUUUGACGAAACAAAGUUUGUCAGAUUUGUUCUUGGUCGCGUAUGCGCACUAAUCGCGAAAAAAACAUGGCAGCGUUGAUUGCUGUUGUGCGAUGUCUGACGGGAUGACUUCGAGUUCCGUCGGAGACGUUCCGAGUGCUCGUUCCUUUUGUUUUGACAACGAGCGACAACGUCCGACUUGAAUUUGUGUUCUUGUAUCACAUCAUGGAACUGAGUCUGCCCAACACGGUGCUGGCGGGUGAUUCACGUUUGAUCGAUCAUAUAGUGGGCGAAGUUAAAUCUCAAGGAAUUUUUGAUCAAUUUCGCAAAGAAUGCAUCGCCGAUGUCGAUACGAAGCCUGCGUAUCAAAACUUGAGAACAAGAGUGGAGGGGUCAGUAAACUCGUUUCUUAGUAAACAAAUAUGGAAGCCAGACCUAAAUAAGAACCAGCUGAGAGAAACGUUGCGCAAGCACAUACACGAUGAGCCGUAUCUGGACGCCGGUGUUGAGCGAAUAGUGGAUCAAGUGGUGAAUCCCAAGGUUUAUUCGGUGUUUAUGUCGCAAAUAGAAGAUGUGGUAUAUAAGUUUCUGGGAAUAGAGAGACCAAAGACGAAGGAGAAAAACGGAGCGUGCGGUCUGAAGGAUUUGCUUCCGAAAGAUUUGGAUCCAGUCUCACCGGAGUCUGAUAAGAACAGUUUGAAGGAUGUAUCUCUCGAGUCUGUGGAAAAUGACACUCUCGAAGAGAAGCAAGAGGACAAGAUGUACGGCGAGCAAAAGCCGCUCGGUGAGGAAGCGUGUCAGGAUCAGAAAAACACGUCAGAAAACGGACAUCUCUCCUCGGAAGAGAAAACAGACGAAACCGGCAAAACUCUAAAGACUGGCAGCAAUUUGAAUCUAAAUACGUCCGGGAAAUCGGAUGACAAGAUGGACGAGGAAGAGGAGGAGGUCAGUCCAACGUUCGAGCCGAUUGACAUUAUGAAUCUGAACGAGUCUAACAUUUCCAAUGAUUCGCAUCUGUCGGGAAUAUCGGAAUUAACGAGUCACAGAUCGAGAAGCCCGGACUUUUCCAACGAUUUGUCGCGGGACAACUUUGAUUGCAGUAAUCAGGAUUCCCAACUGAGCAAAGUCUCCUCGGAUUCACGACUGUCGAUUGUGACGGACUUCGGUUCCAAUCACGGCUUAAUCACUCCCGCGCACGACUCGUCGAAGGAGGAGACGAAGGAUAAGUAUGAAGUCAAAAGCAGCAGCAAAGACAAUUUCAAAGCGAUCAGAGAAGAGUCCUCGAAAAACAAAUCGUCUAAAAGUAGUAGUUUCGAUUUUAGUAAAAGUAAAGAGACACAGGAUUACAAGGAAUCGAGAGAUUCCAAAAGCACAAAGAGUACGUCGUCUAAAGAAAGUUCUCGCGACGCAUCGGACAGCGGUAUAAAAGAUAAAUACGAGCAUAAGAGUUCAAGGGAGAAGAGCAAGGAUAACGAUUUCGGUAAGUCGUCGAAAAGCACAAAGGAGAAGGUUAGCAGUAAGGAAAAAUAUUACAAAGAAAAAACUAACGAGAGAAAGAAAUCGAGCAGUAGUAGCCACAGCAGCACGAAGUACUACGACAAGCAUAGCAAGAGCAAGCCGAAAGACAAGAUCGAUCAGGCGAAAGAAAUUUCUGACAAAUCCAAAGAUAUAUCGGAAAGUUGCAAGGAUAACGCGAGCAAGAUCAAGGAGGAGAAAGAGAUCGAUAAAAAAGACGGUAUCAAUAAGGACAAAAAGGAUAAUGUCAAUAAAGAAGUGAAGGACCUGAAGGAUCUUUACAAAGAAAAGAUCAGAGAGCUGAGGGAGAAGAAGGAAUUAACGGAGAAGGAAAAAUUAAAUAAGGAUAAGGAGAUUAAACUCACGAAGGAGUCUAAGGACAAGAAAGAUUCUUUCAAGGAUAAAAAACCAAGCAAGAAAGAGCACAGAAGUUCGUCGUCGUCGUCCUCGUCGAAAACUGUGUCCGCGAGUCAUCACGAAAGCAAGAGCAGCAAAUCGGAAAAGACGACUGAUGGAAAGGACAAGAAGUCCGACUCGAAAGACAGAACGAAACGGGACGAGAAACGAUUGUCGAGAGACGGGAAAAGCAAAACUCACUACACCAGCAGAACAGAUCUGUCGGAGAAGUCCGACAAAUCGGAUUCGAAGAAAUCUUCCAAGAGUGAUAAGGACGACAAGUCUGGAAAGAUGGACGUUAAGAAGGAUGCGAAGGCGGUAAGCGGCGAGAAAACAACGAACGGUAAGAAGGACACGAAGAAUCACGUUCAACGCAGCAAAAGUUCCGAUCGCAGCGAGAAAUCGGAUGGUAAGAGAGACUCGAAAAACGACAACAGUUCGUCGAAAGACAAGAAGCGCAAAGAGGAUAAGAAGUCCAAGACGAAGGACGAUCAUUCGAGUUUGCGAAAAAACUCGAACGAUCGGCGUUCUAGUGACAGGGAUGGUUCGAACGGUUCCAACAACAAGACCUCAUCGGCCAACACUUCGUAUUCGAACGUGACAAGUCACAAAUCGAACACGUCGGGAUUGACAAAAGAUAACGUCGUCAGCAAUUCCAGCAGUGAAACGUCGGACAGUAUCGAGGAGAUGCAAUUGAACGAGUCGAGAUCGUCGUUACAUCAGUCAAAUUGUAAAAUAUCUCAUUCUCAGACCGGCUCGCAAUUGUCGACACAGGACAAGAGUAACUCAAAACCGGAGAUUAGCAAUGCCGAUGAAACGUCCGAUAGAUUAAAAGCGAAAGAAGAAGAACGAGAAGAAAAAGUAAACCUGGGUGAGACAAAAAAGAGAUCGUUGUCUGACAAAGAUAGCGAAUCAAAUCCGGACGAUGUAAAGAUUAAGAAGCCGAAGUUCGCGAAAAAUAUACACGAAGCGAAGAAACUGAUGAAGCUCAGAAAGCAAAUGGAGAAGCAGAAAUCAAGAGACAACUCCAAGCUGGUCGAGAAGAAAGGUGCGCAAGAAACGGAGCAAACGAGUCAGUCGAGUGCGGCAAAGGACGGUGACAAUCUCAAGGACAUGCCGGACGAUGAGCGAGUUCAGAUCAUAGAGAUUCCUGACGAAGAGUACGAGGAACCUUACCCCGAGAAGCACGAGCCAAGUUUGAAAUUCGACGAUAGUUCGAUAAUGGUGCUAGGAACAGAGUCCUGCACGAACGACUUUUUGAACAAACGUCCCGAUCUGAAACCGACAUUGUCCAAGAUGGAAUUGCGCAUAAAGGAAUCAUUGAGCGAGAUAGUGACAAAUAUGCCAUCGGAGGACGGGCAGAACUCGACGCUUGACGCGAAUAUCGUGCAAUCUCACAAUUCACCUCGGCAAUGUUCCGGUUCUUCGACGCGUCUUGAAGAUUCGCAAGAAAUUAAAGAAGUCGACGAUUCCGAGAACAAAUUCAAGAACAAGAUAGAAUCGAAAGAUGUUGUCGUUGACAAAGAACAUUGUUUGCAAGUGGAAAAAACACGUGUUUCGGAAACAUCAACAGAUUUCGUGGAUCAUGACAAAAACACUAAACAAUCGACGGAAGGCGAUCUUGCGGAAGCGCGAGAAAGUAAAGUGGUGGACGCACGGGUGGACGUUGUUGAGGAGAUGCGGAACGACAGCCGAUCGGAGAUACGAGUCGAUGACAGGUUCCAAGAUAAGAAGGACGAGGUAGAAGUGCCGUCGUCGAAGAUCGGCGCGGCAAAAGUCUCUUCGUCCAACGAAGAUAAUGAAGACUGUCGUUACUUCAAGACUGACAACGAGCAGUCGGAGAAGUUUUCGAAUUUCUUAGAAAGUGUAGAACUGGAAAACUCCUCUCUGGAGGAUAUAAUAGAGAGUCUCGGUGGCAGGGUCGUUACUUCGAUACCGCAAUCAAUGGCAGCACCGCCGCCAAUGUUGCACGAACGUUCCUCCAGUCUGUUGUCGAACAUACUGGCGAAUAACACGAACAACAACAACGACUCGAGCGGACUCAAGCGAACGCUGUCGUCCUCGCUUAACGAGGACGCUGUGCAAGUCGUAAAAAAGAGGAAGUUUAUCAAGAAACCGAGACUCUCGAGUACGUGCAAUACACAAGGAAUUUCGAACGGCGAGAACUUCGUCAUGCCUCUGAGUCCGGACAGCGAUGUGUCCGCGACGAGCGAGAAAACCGCUUCGUCCACUGUCAUCAAAGAAGAAAAAAGCCGGAAUAGAAGCAGUCAUCAACGAUAUUCAAGCGAUGACUUGUAUAAACCACGUCCGUUAUUUUCGAGUUCAUCUCGUCGAAGCAGACGAGCCAACCAAGCAUAGUUAGCGCCGUAUAUUGGAUUCAGGUGUUGAAAACAACAAAAAAACCAAAAAAAAAAAAAAAACAAAAACAAAAACAAAAAAAAAACAUUUGUACAUCCUAAGUCUAAUUUUAAUGCACACAGAUCGGGCUCCCCCUUUCUGAUCUUAGAGGAAAACCAUCGUUUGUUCUCAACCUGUUAGUUCUCUCAUUCUCUCUUUGUUCAAUCUCUUGUUUUAGUGGCGAUAAAAGUGAAGAGUUAGAGAUUUUGGUUUGACUGCGUACUUUUUUUUUUUUUUUAGUUUUCUUGUUUUUCGUUUUUCAUACAGCAAUACAGAUUGUAUAAUAAAUAUACAGUGUGUGAUUUCUUGUAUUCAUCUUGCUACGUGUGUGUUGUAUAUGUGUAUGUAACUGUGCGCGUGCAUACGUCGGUGAAGUUUUAUUAAACUGAAUAACAAAUAUACAUGUAUUCAAUAUGUGUAUAAGCAUCAUGAGUGUUUUUUUAUCAUCUGAAUUUUUAACGUUUAUGUCUGUUUCUUUGAAACAAGAGUGCUUUUUCCAGAUGUUAUGAAAUUAUUUAUGUAAGAGUGAUAUUUUACACGUUACACGUACAUAUAAUAUAUAUAUAAACAAGAAUUUAAAAAAGGAUAAAAAAAAGUACUAAAGAUUAUAUAAUACUUAAAAGUUACAUACUUAUUGACGCUUGUAAAGUUUGAUAUUUAUAUUAUUAUAGAUCUAACGGGUUCAAAAAAUGCUUCUAUAACUAAUUCAGACGUGAACAUUAGUGAGAAAUGUUAAUAUUUUUGACCAAAACUCUUCCAUACUUGUCUGACGAAAGAGUUGGAUUACAAUUGAGAUACAUUAGAAUUUCUAAUAUCCAAAUGUGUGUGUGCAUGUGUGUGUAUGUGACAAAGCGAAGGCUCUUUAGAAAUAUAUAGGUCGUUCUUUUUUAAUAGGAUAUGUACAGCUUCUCUCCUGUACACAUAUCUGCGGAGGAUUACAUCAACUUUGCUAGAAGAAAUGAAAUUAAGAAAAAUACUUUUAUUAAAAUUUAUAAAAGUUUGUGUGUGUGGAUACACAAACUCUUAGCACAAGAGAUUAAUUAUCUAAUAGAUUUAAGUUUUAGACGAACAUAUUUAGGCGCAAUUGUUGUUGUUUAAAACUCGAAAUUUAGAAAUAGAAAAUUUUUUCGGUUCUUUAGAUAGGAUAUUGACUUCAAGAAAAUCUUCAAUGUGAAGUUACCUUCAAUGUAUAUUUGUUGCGCAAUGUGUUGCAUACACGUAUAUCUGCGCUAGCUUUUGAUUUUAAUAUAAAAGUAUAAUAUGCGAAAAAGUUUUUUACGACACAAUAUUACAUAAUCAGUGCACCCCAUGUGCGCAAAACGAAAUAUAUUUAUAAGACUGUGAUUUUUUAUAUGUAAUCGUAACUUUUAUACCGCGAAUAGGUCCAACGAUAUAAUAACUCGCUCACAAGUAUUCUUAUCCUAACAACUCCAUAUAUAUAUAUAUAUAUAUAUAUAUAUAAAUAUAUAAAAUUAAACAAGAUAGAAAUUAUCGAUAAGAUAAAAAAAUCGUUAAGUAAGCGCCAAGUGACAUGAUGAAGUAUAAUCUUCUCUUCUAGAAACACUUAAGUUGCGUAAUGUCAUUAAUUUAUAAAAUUAAUUACUUUAAUGAUCCGCAUAAAAAGUAGUCAAAAAAAAGAUUACGACUAAACUACUAGUAGUCCAUAUCAUUUCAAUUGCAUUAAAGAAGUGUUUCUUUUUUUUUUUUUUUUUUUCUCGUUGUGUUCAUGAAAGUAAAGAAGCAGCAAGUAAAAUUGCAGCAUUACAUCACGCGUAUUAUUAGAUCUGCUUCUUCAGCAAGCGCAUUCUUGGCUUUGCCAGCGGCUUUGUAAUAUCAAUGCAAAUGUACAUAUAUAUAUAUAUAUAAAUAUAAUUUAUGUAUGUAUGUAUACAUAUGUAAAUAUAUACAUAUAUAUACUGAUUACAAAGUUAUCAACAAAAAAUAGAAAUGUAUAUGUGUUGUGUUUGAUGUUGUAAAGUUGCCAACAAAGUCAAAAAUUCAAACGUUUCUUCUGUUUUUUUGUUUAUACAUACAAAAAGAAAGAACUCGCGUCGUACUUUAUUUUUCAUUAGAAAAAAAUGUACAGAGAAGAUAUAAGUUUUCUUUAAGUUCUCUUUAUUUAUUAUACACAGCUGUGUGUGUGAUACGUAUAUAUAAAUAUAACACACUUAAAGUUUAUAAAUUUUCCAUCGUUAGUAUAAAAGUUCGCUUUCACAAAUAAAACAGUUUUUAUAUAUCGUUAAUUAAUACUGCAAAUGCCUUUCGCGUUUGUCUCUUUUUUUUUUUUCCAACUUUUUCUCAACCUUUUUCCUCGCCUUCUUUCUGUCUCUAGGCUUUUGUGCGUGUGUAAUACAAUAUAUAUGCACGCGAGAUAAAAUUUAUAUCUUUGCACAUUGCAGUUCGAAAGCGUUCACAAGAGCAGCUCGUAUUAUCACAUCUUUCUGAGAACGAGAUGUUUGUCGUGUCAAAAAAGAGUUGAGGGAGUUUGUUUGAAUAUCAUCGGAUCUCGAAGUCACACACAAAAGAAGUUCGAAGACACUUCUCUCGCGCGUCUUUCCCGUUGCGACGCAGAAACAACAGAGAUUGAUUCAGCUUCUCCGGCCUGCUGAGUCCAAUAGACGCGCAAGGUCGUCGUAAUUAUGCGCAACGACGAUUAGAACGACGAUUCGUCGAUUAGAUGAUACACAGCGUUUCGUUGCUUGUUUACUUUCUGUGCACACGCCGUGCAAACCAAAGUUGCAUUACAUUCGUUCGUCGUUGACCUUGCCGCUUCUCGCUUUAAUAAUUAUGUUUCCGUCGGAUGCGUUGUGCACGAUAUUUGCAGCGUCAUAUACAACGACGUAUACGACGGCUAUCGAUUUUCACGUGUCAAACGAUCUAAUCGAAAUCUAAUCUAUACACCGCGGAAGAGAAAAGAAUAGUUAAUAAAAUACGUACAUUCGCGACGAACAUAUCGCGUGUAGUUUUUCCUCUCUCUGCAAAAAUUUAUAUACGUACAUACGUAGUAUAAAGUUGCGCAGCAAAUAAAUCGACUGCGCCUCUCGAUAGCGAGCUUAUCGCUCAUAUGAUGUACAAUAUUCUCGCUUUACAAUACACGCGCGCAUUUGCAUUAACGCUGGUCAUUGUCCUUCGUGGUAAUGUUUUAAAAAUUAAAGAACACAAAAAAAAAAAAA